CCAAAACAUGAAGAUUUGGGAUACAUAAUAGCAUAUUGGGGUUUUUGGUAAUAUUGUAUAUGGCAUGGCAGAAUGCUCAUAUGUAUUUCCAUGAGUAGAAUAAAGUCCAUAUUAUGAAGUGAGCUUAUUACUUCCCCUACUCGACCCAACCACCGGCAAUGGCUACUUCUCUCCAAGAAUCUCCGGAGACCCGAACUCCACUCCUAGACGACGUCGUAGACGGCGCCGUUGACUACAAAGGCCAUCAGGUCCGCAGAUCCACCUCAGGCGGUUGGCGUUCCGCUUCCUUCAUGAUAGGUGUGGAAGUUGCGGAGAGUUUCGCGUACUAUGGGAUUAGCUCCAAUCUGAUAACAUUUCUGACGGGGCCGUUGGGAGAGUCGACGGUGACGGCGGCGGAGAAUGUGAACAUAUGGUCCGGAACGGCGCAGUUGCUUCCUCUGUUGGGAGCAUUCGUGGCGGAUUCUUUUCUGGGUCGCUAUCGCACCAUUAUUGUUGCUUCUCUCCUCUACAUUUUGGGACUCGGCUUGUUGACCAUAUCGGCCUUGCUUACUUCUUCUGAGCUUCAAAUAGUGUUAUUCUUCUUCUCUCUAUAUCUAGUAGCAGUUGCGCAAGGUGGACAUAAGCCCUGUGUUCAGGCUUUCGGGGCAGAUCAGUUUGAUGGACAAGAUCCAGAGGAGUGCAAAGCGAAAAGCUCAUUCUUCAAUUGGUGGUACUUUGGUAUGAAUGCAGGCAUAAUAUUGACAUUCUCAGUAUUGAUCUACAUACAGGACAAUCUAAGCUGGGGUCUGGGUUUUGGAAUUCCUUGUGUUGUGAUGGUCCUUGCACUGAUUAUUUUUGUCAGUGGAACUAGGACAUACCGAUAUAGCAUCAAAGGGGAGGAGGAAAGCCCAUUUGUGAGAAUCGGCAAGGUUUUUGUUGCUGCAUUAAGGAACCGGCGAACUAGUCCUUCUGCAAUAGCUUCUGAAGAGGAAUCCCGUGGAACCUUGCCUGAUCAAAGUUCUGAACAAUUCAAGUUCCUCAACAAAGCCUUGCUUGCACCAGAUAAUUUGAAAAAAAAUGGGAAGGUGUGUACCAUCGCUGAGGUUGAGGAAGCAAAGGCUGUUCUGAGGCUGUUUCCAAUAUGGGCUACAUGCUUGGCAUAUUCUAUUGUAUGUGCACAGUCCAGUACUUUCUUCACCAAGCAAGGUGCUACCAUGGACAGAACUAUUGUGCCCGGUUUUGACAUACCAGCUGCUUCACUUCAAUCAUUUAUCUGCCUUGCCAUAAUGAUGAUCAUACCCAUUUAUGACCGCAUUUUAGUUCCAAUGGCAAGAGCUAUCACCAGAGAACCCUCUGGCAUUACAAUGCUACAAAGAAUCGGAACUGGUAUGUUUUUCAAUAUGAUGACUAUGGUCGUUGCAGCUUUAGUUGAGAUGAAAAGGCUUCAGACCGCCAAAGAUUAUGAUCUGGUUGAUCUGCCAAGUGCCACAAUUCCAAUGAGUAUUUGGUGGUUGGUUCCUCAGUACUUUUUGUAUGGACUGGCUGAUGUUUUCACCAUUGUUGGUCUACAAGAGUUCUUCUACGAUCAGGUACCAAAUGAAUUAAGAAGCAUAGGACUCGCCCUCUACCUCAGUAUAUUGGGUGUGGGAAACUUUCUGAGCAGCUUUCUUAUCUCUAUUAUUGAGGAAGUAACCAGUUGGGCAGGCCACACUAGCUGGUUUUCUGACAACCUUAAUCUUGCACAUCUUGAUUACUUUUACUGGUUACUAGCAGCACUCAGUGCAGUAGGAUUGUUGGCCUACAUGUAUUUUGCAAAAUCUUACAUUUAUAAUCGGGCUAGUACAAUAUAAACACAAAUCUGAAUCAUUAUAAUUACCACAAAAUGCAGUGUCAUCACAUCUGUUGUGGUAAUUAUGAAAAGUAAAUAUGUAAAUCAAUUGUGUUGAGUAUUAUUCUCUCACAAACACGUACUGGCACUCUUGUCUAGUCAGGAAAGAUUCCUUUCCAUUU